AAACCUUAAAAAAAUCAAAUGCUAUUACUAGUUAUAGACCAAAAAUUCAUCAUAAUGCAAAUUUAUGAGCAGUAAAUUUGGAAAGAACAGAACACAAAACCUAGAUACUCAGAGUUGGAUAACAUGGAUUAUGUUACCAUAUUGGUCGGAUUGCUGUUCGCCUGGACUUUGCUCCGAUGGCUUUAUAACAAAAUCACAGCGUCAUCACUGCCGCCGGGACCAAAUCCGUUACCGAUCAUCGGAAACCUCCACCAGCUAGGUGCUCAGCCGCACAAAUCUCUAGCCAAGCUCGCCGCAACUUAUGGCCCCAUUAUGAGCUUGAAAUUUGGUCAAAUCACAACCAUCGUCGUCACUUCACCCGACGCCGCCAAACAAGUCCUUAAAAAUCAGGACUCCGCCUUCGCCUCCCGGCCGGUGCCGGACGCCACUCGCCCUCACGAAUUCCACAAAUUCUCCGUCAUCUGGCUCCCCGUCGGGUCCCGAUGGAGAACCUUCCGCAAGAUCUUAAACGCCGGCGUCUUCUCGAACAGCCGGCUGGACGGAAACCGGGAAUCUAGGGCUAGCAAGGUCCGAGAUCUCGUCAAUCUCUGCCGGAAAAGUAGCGCGGAGGGGAAAGCGGUGGAUAUCGGGCAAGCGGCGUUCACAACAUCCUUGAACUUGUUGUCCAACACUGUUUUCUCCAAGGACUUGGCGGACCCCAAUUCCAACGAAAGACUGGAGAUGAGAGAUUUGAUCUGUGAGGCGAUGUCGGAGUCCGGGAAGACUAACCUGGUGGAUUUUUUCCCUGUUUUGAGAAAGUUUGAUCCUCAGGGCGUGCGGCGGCGCAUCACCGUCUGUUUCGCCAAGUUGCUGCAGAUUUUUGGCGGUUUGAUUGAAGAACGAAUGGCGGCUCGCGCACUGGGAACAAACGACAACUGUGAUAUGUUGGAUUAUCUUCUCAACAUUAGCAAUGAAAACCCUGAGAUUGAUACAAAGCAGAUCACUUUCACCAUCUUGGAUCUAAUAGGUGCGGGCACUGAUACUUCCACGAGCACGGUUGAAUGGGCAAUGGCGGAGACACUGAAAAAUCCGGAGGUUCUGAGUAAAGUACAGACUGAGCUAAAACAGGUCGUCGGAAAAGGGAAACAAGUAGACGAAGCCGACAUCGUUAAUCUUCCAUAUUUGCAGUCCAUCGUUAAGGAGACUUUAAGAAUGCACCCGCCGGUUCCAUUCUUAGUUCCCCGUAGAGUUGAGCAGGAUUCCGAGGUGUUAGGCUAUGUUGUCCCGAAAGGGUCACAAGUUUUGGUUAAUGUUUGGGCAAUUGGGCGUGAUUCGGGUAUUUGGAAGGACCCUUUGAUGUUCGAGCCAGAGAGGUUUAUGGACGCGAAAGUGGAUGUAAGGGGUCAAGAUUUCGAGCUCAUACCAUUUGGUGCGGGGAGAAGAGUGUGCCCUGGCAUGCCCUUGGCUAUGAGAAUGGUUCCGGUAAUGUUGGGGUCUUUAUUGAAUUCAUUUGAUUGGCAGCUUGAAAGUGGGAUUGCACCUAUGGAUUUGGACAUGGGGGAAAAGUUUAGUUUCACUCUAGCCAAAGGCCAACCUUUGCGAGCUGUGCCAAUUUCUCUCUGAUCCACAUCAGUGUUAUUGAUGCACCCACUUGAAAAGUAAGUUGUAAUGUUACCAAGAUCAACAUAGGAAAUAUGAGGAACAAUAAUCAAUUCCAAUAUCAUAAGAUGUACCAAAAAAAAGGUGAAAAAUAAUUCCCAAUACAUUUCCAAUAAUGUAAUAACUUGUCUAAUUA